ACCUCGGAGCGUGUUGCGGGCGCUUAUGCACAGGCGGUUUUAACGGCCAGGCUCCCCCGUUACUCUCAUUAUCUCUCGCACCACCAGCACCCGUCCGGCUAGUUUGAUCGGUCCUCCUACACGUGCAGCCACGGGUAGUUCGGCGCAGUGCACCCGGCGCGACAGUGCAUCCCAACUUGUGACAACUGUGUCGUGGCCGUCCACUUCCGGCUUCCUGCUCGUCAGCAUCAGCAUCAGCGCUCUCAGUGCGUACCUGCUCGCUCUCUCGCAACGCGCAGUGCCGAGCGACCGACUGUCAAGCCGACAGCCUGCCCAGCAACAGAUUAUAUUCACAGUUCAAAGAUAUAUAGAUUUAUAUACAUAAAGAAUUAUAUAUACACACGGCAGCUGCCAGAGGGAGAGAAUUUAUCGUAUCGGUAUAUUAUAGUGCCUCGCGAUCGAGUGUGACUUGGACGUAUAUCGGGCAGAAGAGAGCCGAUAGCGAGAAGCGCGGAGCGCCGCUCUCGAGCACGUUUCUCGUCCGCGGAGCGUUUUUGUUCGUUCGUGCCUCUGUCAGUGUGUGACGACCCGAGUGUGAAAAAGCCGGCCAGUGAAAAGCCGGAAAACCGUCGGCAGCCAGCCAGCCAGCCAGCUAGCUAGCAGCACCGCAGACCGACGCGCAGCGCCGACCACUCUUGUUCGAUCGGCAAGCAUGGAGAAGUUCGGAGAGGUGCAGAAGGAGAUGGAGCGCCUGGAGAUCGAGGAGAAGAACGGCGAGGCUCUGAGCGGCGGCUCCGUCACCAGGGUCCUGGUGAGCAAUCUGCCGGCUAACGCCAGUAUCGAGGAAGUCGAGCAGCUGCUAUCGCACUCCGGCAUCGUACACCACAUCGAGAAGGCGAUGUCGCGCGACCCCAAUUCGCAAGCGUACUUCGUCACCUACACUCUUCCGGAACACGCACAGCAGGCGGUCAGCCAGAUGAACGGCUUCGAGUACGAGGGCACGCCGCUCAAGGUGGAGAUCAGCGAGAGCCGCCGGCGGGCCAGGAGCCAGCGGGGCGCCGGCCAGCAGUCCGGCGCCGGGCCCGCGGCCGGCGGCUUCUCCGGGCUGCCGGGCAGCGCGCGCCAGACCGACUUCCCGCUGCGCAUCCUCGUGCAGUCGGACAUGGUGGGCGCCAUCAUCGGCCGCCAGGGCUCCACCAUCCGCCAGAUCACCCAGCUGUCGCGCGCCCGCGUGGACGUGCACCGCAAGGACAACGUGGGCAGCCUCGAGAAGGCCAUCACGAUCUACGGCAACCCCGAGAACUGCACCAACGCCUGCAGGAAGAUCCUGGAGGUCAUGUUCCAGGAGGCCUGCAACAACAGCAAGCCCGUGCUCGAGAGCAGCAGCCCCGCCGUGACGGAGAACAACGGCGAGCAGCCGCAGCAGCGCACCGCCGACGGCCAGCCCGGCGAGAACGGCGCCGGCCAGAAGCAGCAGAUGCUCGUGGCCGGCGUCGUCGAGAUCACCCUCAAGAUCCUGGCGCACAACAACCUCAUCGGUCGCAUCAUCGGCAAGGGCGGCAACACCAUCAAGAGGAUCAUGCAGGACACCGACACCAAGAUCACCGUCAGCAGCAUCAACGACAUCAACAGCUUCAACCUCGAGCGCAUCAUCACCGUCAAGGGCACCAUCGAAAACAUGAGCAAGGCCGAGGCGCUCAUCUCCAACAAGCUGCGCCAGAGCUACGAGAACGACCUGCAGGCCAUGGCUCCGCAGAGCAUGAUGUUCCCGGGACUGCACCCCAUGGCCAUGAUGUCGACGGCGAGCAUGGGCUACAACAGUCGUGGGCCGAGCGGCCUCUACAGCGCCGGCCCCGCGCCCUAUCCCUACCAGGGCAACUUGCCGGCGCAGCAGGGCGCAUCGACGAGUGACGCCCAGGAGACGACUUUCCUGUACAUACCCAACAACAGCGUUGGGGCCAUCAUCGGUACCAAGGGCUCGCACAUCCGCAACAUUAUCAGGUUCUCCGGAGCCAGCGUCAAGAUCGCGCCCCUCGAGUCGGACAAGCCGGCCGAGCAGCAGACCGAGAGAAAAGUCACCGUCGUCGGCUCACCCGAGUCUCAGUGGAAGGCUCAGUACUUGAUCUUCGAGAAGAUGCGCGAGGAAGGCUUCGUGUCGGGCACCGAGGACGUCAGACUCACCGUGGAGAUCCUCGUGCCGUCGGCCCAGGUCGGCCGGAUAAUCGGCAAGGGCGGCCAGAACGUGAGGGAGCUGCAGCGCGUCACUGGCAGUGUGAUCAAGCUGUCGGAGCAGCAGGCGACUCCACCCUCGGCCGACGAAGAGACCACCGUCCACAUCAUCGGACCGUUCUUCUCCGUGCAGUCGGCCCAGCGCAGGAUCCGCGCAAUGGUGGUGCCGCCGGGCGGCGCCCCCGGCGUGGCGCCCGGCUCCGGAGGCCUCGCAGGCCCAGGCGCCGGACGCGCUCCCCGCGGCUCCAGCCAGGAGGCCGGGGCGCGCUCGCGGCGCGACGGCAGUGCCACCUCUCAGUCCGGCGGCUCCACGACGCCCCAACAGCAGCAGCAGCAGCAACAACAACAACAGCAGCAGCAGCAGCAGCAGCAGCAGCAGUCGAGCCACUCGUCGCCCUCGUCUCAGCCGUCCCAAGGUCAGCAGCAGCCGCAACAGCAGUCACAGCAGCAGCCACAGCAGCAGCCACAGCAGCAGCAGCAGCAUCAACAGCAGCAGCCGCAGCCGCAGCCGCAGCAGAGCCAGUAAGCUCCGCGGUCAGCGCCGCCCUUGCCGCGACCCGACAUCCACCGGCCGGCGACCAGCCAACCUGUAACAGAUAGACUAUAUACUGUACGCGCAAUCCAUUGUUUGACGCGCGAACAUUCAAGCCACUUUCAAGCGUUCAUAUUUUACUCAACUGCUACGAUUGAAGAAGCAUCAUCCGUCGUCCCACACCCGCCGAAAACGCGCGCGCGUUCUGGCCGAGGUGACUAGAUGAUGAGAAAAAGCAAUGUUCGCCAACUUCUGAGUUUUAUGUAUGUUGAUGAUGAUGAUGCUGAUGAUAAAGGGGCGAAGAUUCACACAACCUUAUUACCUCAUUCAUUACGGUUAAAGUUUUUAAUAAAGUUAAUGAAGCAUAGAUAAAGAAAUAGAGACACAUUGACAUUAAACAAGUCUACCUAAUAUUAUAAAGUUAUUAUAGAGAGAAAACGUUAAGUUACAGUUAAAACUUUUUUACGUUUAUUAAACAAAUCUGUUACAAAAAUGCUGCUACUAAUAGGAUGCUGUGCUGUGCUAUUACCGUUGUUAUUGCUACAAUACAAGUGGAAAGAUAAAGAAAAAGAUUAUGAAUAUUAUUAUUUCAAUCGGGAUGCACCACCUCAAUACACAAUCAAUCGGACAUGCAAGACCGAUUAUUGUUUAUUGAAGAUUGAUUGAAGAAAAGUCCGUUGUCGACGGAUAGAUACAAAAAUGAAAAGAAAAUGAAAACUACAAUUUUAAAAGCUGCCAACCAAUCGCCACCAUCAGUUUAAGCACACAUUCAAUAAGUAAAUGAUACAUGUUCAUGCGAAUCCAGAGGAUAAUUCAAGAUGUGAAAUUUGAAGAGCACCACUUCGGUUCGUUUUGAUAUCAACAACCGUGAGGAAACAAGCGCAUAAAAAUGAAGAAAACAAGAAUAAAAAGCAAGCAACCGCAUGCCACGUUUUUCCAAAAUACUCCGCAUAUAUACGCCGCAGAAGGACGAUCAUCACGAAGCGUGGAAGAAUAGCUAUAUAAAGUGAUAUUCGCCACGCGAGAACAAGUUUCGGGGAAGAGAGGGCCAGCAGAAGGACGAGGCUCCGGCGACGACGACGUGAAGACUAUUCGGCAGCGCCGAAAUAUUUCACGCCGUAAUACCAAAGAAGCGGUUUCAGUUUUUUUUCGUAUUAGUGAAGUUCCUUGCGAUAAAACUCGACUGAGAUAUCGCGGAAGUGGAUGUAAACGAAUGUAAACGAGUAGUUAAACGAGAGCACGGAACGUUCGAGAAAGUCCAGUUUCCGCAUAGAUGUGCGCACUCGGCCCUCGAGACUGCGACUCGCGCGGCCGAGCGAGAGUGAGACUUGACUGAGAGAAAGAGAGAGAGAAAGCGAGAGAGAGAGAGAGCGAGAGAGAGAGAGCGAGAGAGAGAGAGAGAGAGAGAGAGAAAGAGAGAGAAAGAGAGAGAAAGAGAUAGGUAGAUAGAGAUGGAGAUGGAUUCGACUGUAGAUUUAUAUCGAGUUGACUCGCUGACUUUAUACAAUUUGUCGGCGAUCUCAACCUUACCAUGAAUGUAACAAUGUGUGAAUGUGCGAGUGUUGCAGGUUAUUAUUACUUAUUGAUAAGAGUAAUUGAUUACCGAUUAAAGUUGGCGCCAUACAAGCGUUCGAAUUUCAAACAAGAAUCAUAAAAAUGGGCAUCAAAACGUAGACCUCGAUGAAACUUAGUUUUGUAAGAACUGUACCUUAUUUACGAUCAUUAA